CUCCCACUCCUUCUCUUUCUGCACUCGAUAUGAUGACUACAGCGUGGCACAGACAAGACAGACACAGUAAUUGGACUCCCAAGAUUCCUGAGGGUCCGGAGCCCCUCGGAAUUUCAGGGCCUGUUACAAGAUUGCCCUUUGUCCUCCCCUGUCACCGGGCCUGUAAAUCUCACUAGAUUAGAUAUGUGACACAAACCAGUUUCUUGACUAGACAGCAGCUCUGCCUUGGGAGCCUGAGAAUUAGAAUAGAAUGAUGGGUAGAUAAGAGUGUAAAGGUGCUGUUGCAAUUGAGAUGCACAGUAUCAGAAAUGUUCUGGAAAAGUGCUGGGUGUUACUAGGCGAUGACUGGGAAGUGGAUAAACAGGUGCACGGAGAUGGUCCUUCUUAUGGAGCGUAUUGUGGGAGUGCCGCAUGCUGUCGCUGAUGCGUUUGCUUACACAGAUGCUAAAUCGUUCACUUUGGAGGUCAUACUCAGAUUGAAAAUCUGUACCUGUCACAGGACCGAUGAUUGGAAUUUACCAGCUGUCUCAUCUUCUGCCUCAGCACAUCACAUUAGUAGAGAUCUCUUUGUUCUCACACAUGGUGCAUUAGUAGCACAGUUGUGCAAAGAUUAUGACAGUGAUGAGGAAGUGAAUAAAUACUUAGAUACAAUGGGAUACAACAUUGGAGUUAGGCUAAUUGAAGACUUUUUGGCGAACUCUGGUAUAAAGAAGUGUCGUAGUUAUAGUGAGACAGUGGAUAUAAUAGCAAAGGUGGCCUUCAAAAUGUACCUCGGUGUAACCCCGUCUACAAUUGGUGGUAAUGCUGGUGGAAAUGGAUUUUCCCUUAUACUGGAUAAAAAUCCUCUCGCUGAGUUUGUUGAACAGCUUCCCACUGGCAGAUCAUCACUGAAUUACUGUAAUCUCCUCUCUGGAGUCAUAAGAGGAGCGUUAGAAAUGAUUCACUUACCAGCUGAUGUUACUUUUGUCCAAGACAGACUAAAAGGGGAUGACGUUACUGAAAUAGGAAUAACAUUCCUGAGAAAGAAUGAUGAGAAAAAAGCAAAGAAAUUUAAGUGAACAAGAACCUUUGAGACAUCAGGAAAAACAAAUCUGUAAAGUAUAUAGCAACAGCAAUACAGAACAUCAGGAAAUUAUUAUUAUUAUUAUUAUUAUUAUUAUUAUUAUUAUUUCAUUUUUUCUACUGUAAACUUUAUUUAAAAUUAAAUGUUCAAAGUCUGUUUGUGCUGUUUGUUACCAAAUGCAUUGUCUCAUGCUUGUAAACAAUUAUGAUAAAAUGACACUAUUAUAACGAUAAAGGUUAUACUGUACACAUUAAAAAAGGAACGAAAACCCCACUUGUCCACUAGAACUUCAGGUUGCUUUCACAAGAACAUGGUUUUGUUUUAUUGUGUUGGAGCCUUAUGUAUUCCCUGCUAUUUACAAAUACAGCAGAAUGUAUAAAAUGCAGUGCAAGCUCUGUAUAACAUCAAUUCAAUAUAGAAUUGAAACUAUAAAAAGGUAACAAAU